AUGAAGAUCAUCGUCGGUGGAGAUGGAAAUCGCCCAAUGGCGCGACUCGUGCGGAGAUCGACCACAUACUCACUAACCGUAGGCUGUCUCUACUUGAAGUCUCAGAGGUACCAUAUUUUCGCAGUGAUUCUGAUCAACAUCUCCUUCGUGCGAAAAUACGACUCAGCCACACGAUGGAAAAGAACAUCUGCUAUCGGCAACGGAGGAGAAAAGAAGUCGUCUACGAUGAUUGCGUACUCGAAGACUUCUUGUUCCAAGGUGACUAGCACAUCGAGGAGGACCCAAACGUGGACUACGAGAUGCUGCUCAGAAUAUUACGAGCCUGUGCUGAGCGUGCCUCGAAGAAGGACUCUGAGGCUUGAUCCGAAUGCAUCGCACAUUGAGCGGUUAGUAUCAAUCACUAGCUGCAGAAAAGCGUUGCAGGAGAAUCUUUCGAAAUACAGGCAGAAGAACAUUCUAGGAGCAGCAGAAGGAAGAACUGGUCUAAAGAAGUGCCGCCGGGAUCUCCGCAAAUAUACUAUUCCGCUAGCAGCCUUGCUGAGCGAAGACGGGACUCGCACGUCUUCUCGUUGUGAGAUGGAAAUCAUUACGGAGAGGUUCUACUCGAACCUUUUUCGUUCAUCAACUCCUGUGUCACGCCCGAUCAUCCCCACUGGUGAAGCCCCACCACGGAUUCUCCCUUCGGAAGUACGAGUCGCAAUCAAGGGCAUGAAACCUGGCACAGCUCCCGGACUUGAUUUUAUAUCAGCAUACUUUCUUGGGGUUGGUGGCCAUCCGCUUCAUGUAAUCUUAGCAGCGCACUUGCUGUCCUAA